AUGGUGUGCCUGAUUGGAAACCGCCUUAUAUGCAUAGACGUGUAUAGAAAUGCAAGGCUUCGGACGUCCACAAACCUCUACAUUAUUUCUUUAGCCAUCAGUGAUAUCAUCAACGCAGUCAUUGCAAUUCCUUUUACUGUGGGUGUUGUGACUAUAGGUUUUCGCGCAUUCUAACUAAACUUCGCGGGAAACUUACGAAACGGGGGAAUUAACUCGGUAGCGACCACCCGGCUUGCGAGAACGGAGACUCGUCACGAUUUCCCGGCACACGGAGAUAUACUUCGAGCGAGCUUAUACGGACGUCAAGGAUGAGACAGCGUUUUGGUUCCACAGCAGACUUUUAUUCGAAGAGCACUCUGACACACAUCAUGCCAGAGUCAAAACUAAAAUUGUAAUCGUCACGCGGUCGUCUGUGUAAUCGGCACGCGGUCGUGUAUGUAAUCGGCACGCCGUCAUGCAUGUAAUCGAAACAGCUUUACAAAGUACUUGCUUAACUAUGAACUGGUGUGAGGUUCCAUUGUUCUCUAAAUCUACCAUAUUUGAACAGUAUAACGAAAGAAGCGGAAAAUGUUUCCUUGAAAUUAAACGAAAGCUACUUAAAUAUUCCAUCUGUUUCUAUGACGAAAAGAAUCUCAAACUGAAAAGACGGAUGCAAUAAACUCGAGGCCAUCAGAAAUAGGAAACUUAGGUGAGAAUUCAUAGUACUAGUAAAAAUAUACCCAUCGCAGUCAUUGUAAUGCCUUUUAUUGUGGGUGUCCUUAUUACAGGGGAAUGGCCUUUUGGUGAGGCAGUCUGCGAUUUCCACGCCUUCUUCACCCUGUUUUCUGUUUACGUAUCCCCAACCACGAUGGGACUGAGGGCCUUCAACAGAUACGUCCGCAUCGUUAAGCCUCAAAACUACCCACGAAUCUUCACUGAUACUCGAUCAAAAAUAUAUAUCGCUGCAGUUUGGCUGACUGUCGCGGGGUACAUUUCAAUUCCCAAGAUGGGAGGCUUGACUGAAUAUCGCUUCUUCGCUGGAUACGCCGCUUGCAUCGUUGAACAACCCACCAUAGCCAUGAAGAUAGUUCAUUAUAUCAUUGUCGUCUGUUUUUUCUUUCUUCUUCCACUCGGAGUUGCAUUAGUUUCCUACUACAAGGUAUUCAAGAAAAUAAAACAUCACAAUCUAAACAUGGCUUCGACGGCCCACGCCGAGGGCAGAGAAAAUCGAUUGACUGUCAAAGAGAUCAAGCUUACCAAAUCGCUCGCCAUUGUUGUGUUCGCCUUUGCACUGUGUUGGAUUCCAUUAUGGAUC